CGUAGCGGCCGCCACCGGGCGGGGCGCUCAGGACGGAAAUCCGUGUGCGCUUCAAUAUGGCGGCGCCCGCCCACCGCCGGUUGCGGCGCUUGAGCGUGAUGUAGUGCGGUGCCUCCGCCAUGCCCAAGUACUACGAGGAGAAGGAAGAGGACAAGCGGGCCUGCAGCGGGGUGCGGGAGGACCUGAGGCAGUGCCUGCUGGAGAGCCCCUGCGUCCUGCAGGAAAACAAAAGUCCCAGGCAAUGCUUGAGGGAAGGGCACUGCAAAGGUUUGCAGCUCACGUUUUUUGCGUGCAAAAGGUCGAUGCUGGAUACCAGGACAAGAUUCAGAGGAAGGAAGGGAUACUGAAGUCCUUGGAAGAGACCCUGUCAUGGGAAAUUGGAGUUCAUCAGUACUUUAACUGGAGCAGAGGCUAAAGUAAGAAGAAUCUGCCUGCCACACAUUCUUUUGUCCAGAGCUUUCAUGGAAGGUAUCAACUUCUGGAAAUUCUGACAGAUGCCUGGGUAUACAUUUAAAUGUUAAAAAGAAGGGAAGCAUAAAGCUGCAAGUUCUGGCCAAAAUGGGUACCUGCCACAUGCCUGUAAUAAAAUACACAGAAUCCAGAAAAAACUGCUGAAGUUAUCACUGUGUUUUGGAGUGAAGUUGGCUUUUGUAGUUAUACUAAUUCUGGUAAUAUUUUACCAUUACAACUAAUAGAAAAUAAUGAGAUUUGAAAUGAGUGGUGUGCCAGAGGAUACCUCAGGGUAGAGCUGUCCUUAGAGAAGCUGAGUUGACCAAGGUGAGAUGAGUGUGAGUUGCUUCCUUCCCAGUUAGUUUAUUGCCCAGUACUCCUGCCCUUCUACUCCUACGGGUAGAAGUGGUGAUGUCUUUACAGUGCCAUACACACAAGGAUGGUAUCUCCUUCCUCAUGAUACGAAUUCCUUUUGAUGUCAUUUUGCAUGCUUAUUAGCAUGGUCUGAUCUCAUUGGACAACUGGAUUAAAAUUUGAUUUCUGUAUAUUAAAGGAUGUUUGAUGAAUCUUACCGUAA